UCAUGUGAUAUCUGUAGAGCUUCCUCCAGUCUUUUUCUGCUCCUCAUUGUGUCAAGGUGUAUGUACCGUUUCCUUAUUCCUGUACUAUGUAGUUUGAAUUGAAUAUAGAUUAUAAUAUUCGGAAUUCAUCAUAAUUACUUGUCUUCAAUGGAAGAACCAAAUGAAUUCUCUUUUUCAAGAAAUAGUGUUCCCUCUCCACUGCAUGUUUUCUAUCUUUUUCCAUCUGUCUUUCUUACAGUGUAAAGAUGAGCCAGAUGACAAGGACAUUGGGGUUAGCGGUGGUUCUCACUGGGUUAGUAGCUGUCGGUGCCUCUUCCAACGUCUCCAAAGAAAGCUGUUCCUCGGUCAAAGUGCUGGGUAAAGAACCCUCGGAGAUUCGUCUCGAGGUCCUCCAGGGGAUGUGCGAGAAAAUGUUCGACCACGUCCUCCUCAGUGGCUCCUCAAGCAGAGAAUGCCCCUCGACGGCAAGCCAGCCUCAAAGGAGAACAACCCAAGCGGCUUUGGUGGUUCUCCACAACGACAGCUCCAACAGCUACGUGACCUGGGACGCUGGCGCAGAGCGUAAUGUCAUCACGAAGAAAGGCUGGUAUAUAGACGAGGAGGUCUCACUCCGAAAUGGAUAUCGAUGGUACAGCCACGGCCUGCCCAUGUGGCCUUUCCUGAACCGGAUGAAGACGUCCUGGAACAUUUUCAAGAAGGAACCGCGGUGGCCCAAUUACGCCCUCGCGACUCCGCUUUACCUCGUCCCAGCCGAGCAAUGCGAAAAUCGUAACCCUCUCAUUUCCGUCGGGAAGUUCUUUAGCAAGGAACUCAUGAGGCCUCGAAGCGACCCCGUAGAUUCAUUCUCGAGGUCGACAGUCAAGGACGAUGUUCGUAACUUCGUCUUGCAGCAUUUCUUCGUACAGAACCAAGUCUGGCGAGAAAACGCAGACAAGGACUUCGAAAAAUGUGAACACUGGUUCCAACCGCUUGUACGACAAAGUCUCAAGCCCAUGAUAAAGUCGUUCGUCAAACAACACAAGUCGAAAUGCCCUGACGAAACCUACGUGUUCUUCUUCCGCCAACCUUGUGAGAGCAUGGAGUCCUGCCAAGUGAUUGAGGACUUUAAGCGCGAAUUCGACAAAUGUCCAAGCACUGAAAUGGUCGUCGGUUUCCUUAAGCCGCUGGCGUACUAAGAAAAGGAGGAGAUUAACAUAUACAAGAAAUGUCUUUGCUUCGGCUCCUUUUCCUUACCAUCGAUGUAUUUUAACUUUAACGUAACGUGUAUGAGAUAAAGCAGCGUAAAAUCCGUAGAAAUGUUCAGAUAAUCUAAAUACAUCCAAAGGCCUUUCUGGUAUGAAUAUGCUAAAAAAACAAGCCGCUAAACAACUACCGAGUCGACCAACCAGAACCAACGGCCGAUUCCAUCUACGCUUGUCAUCGAGAGGCUUAUUGCUACCUUUCUGUACAGCUGCCGACCUGAGUGACCUAUGACCCCGAAGGGAGAUGUAAUCUUCUUGAAAAACAUUCGCAAACCGCCAGACACACGCAAACUGUAAUGAGCACCAGUUAACGUUGCCCAAAGAAACGUUUACACUGGUGGAACACUGAAGUCGAAAACGAUGCCGCGGCUGCCGCCAAAAUCCAGAGAGAAAGGGCGAUUUGUUUUCUUUUACAUCUGCAAGUCGAAUUCCUUUCAUCUUUAUCCAUUGUGCAAUGUGUAAAGAGCAAUCAUCAACUUUACACAAAGAGAGGUUUACAUUGGCCUUUAAUCCGCGAUCUUGCAUCCCGUGAAUUGAAAUGCUGGAACAUUAGCCAGUGCUCAAGAAGGUACAAAGGUGUUUUUAUUCAAGGUGGCUUUAUAUCUCCGAGUCUAUGAUGUUCUUUUUGCCAUUGGCUGAUCUUGUAAUGAUAACUGCUACGGAUUUCAUGAGUCUUCUAAUAAUUCGCAUUUAUAAGUUUGGUCAUAAAGUAAUUUUGGUAUAAUGUAUUGUUCUGUGUGACCGUAGCCUCAUAUUUGACCUAUUAUUCAGAAUAAAUGCAAUUGCAAUGUCAUGGAACUGAUGGUAGUUAAGCAUUUAAAAGUAUAAUGCACACUCUAAUACAAAUCCUUUUGAAAUUAAGUAAUCAUAAAUCUUAUAAUAAUCAAUUUCUAUUUACUACCAGUAUCAUUACCAUAAAUAACUUUCAUCAGCUAACAUGAUAUUUUAACUAUAGUUCCUAAAUAUAGCUAAAUAGUACCUCUGUUUCUCUCUCU